UACAAGCAAAACACAAUAGUUUACUUAUAGCUGUCAUAACAGGGAAAAUAACAGAUGCAAAGAGUUAGCUGACUGUCUUAAAUACAGCUAAGGUGAGUGGAGAUGAGAAAAACAAACUCCAGCAGGUGAAGGACAGAGGACUGUAAUAGCAGGGACAAACAGAAGAGGGCGAUAGAGAGACAGGAACCUGCCCAACUUUGACAGACAGAUGGAGCACAAAUGUUGAGUUUUUCCUCAGAACACUUUCAUAUCUGCAGACACUGGACUGCUGGACGUCCUUCACUCAGGAACCUGAUUUCCAAACAAAACCCUUGUUUUUGUUUUUUGUUUUUUCUCUGAGGAAAGAUUUUGGUCUUCUUGCUUUUUUGCUCGGUGUCUGGCAUCUAUUAACUUUUGCUCCUGAACAAAGUUGGUCUGUCCAAAGGGGAGCCAGCUGCGUGAGAAGCGUAAAAAGUUACAGCAGAUUGCUGAUGGGAGCGAUAGCUCAGUCCUGACGCAGAAUAUCAGUUUUUUUGAAGUGCUGUGAGUGGAAACGACAAACUUCUCGUCUUCAUCCAAGAGACCUUAGGAGUUGGGUGCACCCCGAUCCAAAUACACUUCUAGGUGGGUAAGUGGUUGGAAAGGAGCUGGUCAAAGCCUGAAGGGGUGAGAAAUGUCUUUUUCUCGUUGUUUCCGAAGUGUUUGGCACUUUCCCCCCAGAUGAGCAACAGAUGACUGAAGGUUAGAAGCAGUUUCUUGAGCCCACCCUGCCUUCUCCCUCGUGGACAGAGGGGCGAGGCCUCAGAGUCCGUGUCCUCACUCUGCAGCCCCUCCAGCUGAUGGUUUCAUGCUGUGAGGCUGCGUCACACCAGCCCCCUUCCAUUUCAUUUCUGUCUAACUCCCGGCUAUUUGCUUUUCUCCUCCUCCUCUUCUUCUUCCUCUCAGCCUCCUCCUCCUCCUCCCCCUCCCUGCAGGCUUCAGGGUGCCACAGAGACGCUCGGUCUUUGAAAACAAACUUUUCCUGAAACUUCUUUCCUCUCUGCAGAUGCAAACUCUUCUGUUGCUGCAGGUUCUCCACAGAAAGAUAGAAUGCUGCUCAUCUGUCUUUUAGCUUUUGCUGGCGCCGUCCGAGCCCAAAGCCAGCUUCUGCCAGGCUCAUGCAACUUUGAAUCCAGCACCUGCGGAUACUCGUCAGAACCGGUCUCCACGAGCUGGACCCUGCACAAAGAUGGACAUUUCAUCGCGGUGGAAGCAGAAUCGAACACUGAGCUGGACCUCGGCUCGGGCCAUGGUGCAGAACCACCGACGGAGAUCGCAGGAAUCCUGAUCAGUCCGGUUCUGGAGCAGGAGGAAUGGAGCUGCCUGAGGCUUGUCUACCAGAUCACAGAAUCAGGGAGUCUGGAGGUCCUGCGGCGCUCUGAAGGAGACAGCUUUGACAAGCCGCUGUGGAGCAGCCAGACCCCCUCUGAGAGCUGGGUCAUCUCCAGUGUGGAUCUGCAGAACACCACGGAGCCUUACAGGCUCGUCAUGGAGGGCAGACCUGUGCUCAGAACUGGAAGCAGCGUGGCCAUUUUUGAGAUCCACAUCAGCCCCGGAUACUGCCUCGACUGUGAUUUUGAGCAGCCCCACCUGUGUGGCUACAAGAACCAGUGGAACGCCAACGUGAACUGGUACGUGGGGGGAGGCAAGAUCCAGCUGCUGCACAACAACAUGCCCCAUGACCACACCUACCACAACAAGACAGGUCACUUCAUGUACGUGGACUCUGGUCACGCCAGGACCUUUGUGGAGGUGGCCAAACUGGCAUCUCCCAUGACGACGGCACCUAUGUCAGGGUGUUUGACCUUUCAGUACCAGCGUAACGAGGGGAGAGGAAAUCUGUUCUCUGUUUACACCCGGGACCGCCUCGGUCAGUACCAGGAGCUGUGGAGGCUGGGAUUAGAGGACCAGGAAGAGUGGGGGGAGGCUCUGGGAGAAUGGAUCCCCGUGCAGGUGGACCUCAAGGCUCCGUACUCGGUGCAGGUGGUCUUUGAAGUGGGCUUCAACAGUCAGUCGGGGGGUCACAUCGCGCUUGAUGACAUCUCCUUCUCUCCAGAGUUUUGCAGCACAGACACAGAGCCGACCUUUGACCCCUCCAUCGCCAACUGCGACUUCGAGUCAGGUCUCUGCCGCUACACGCAGGAGGCGGGGUCGUCAUGGAGGGUGGUGUCGGUGAAGCCCAACAUCUUCAGGAAUGGAGACCACACCACGGGAGCAGGGUCGUUCCUAUUGGCUCAUUGGCGGUUUGGCCCGAGCUCCACCUACGUGAGCCGAGUACUGGGUCCAGCUCUGGCCGGGAGCAUGAAGUACUGCCUCAGAUUCUUCUUCUCCCUGAGAGGCUUCAACCAGACGGACCAGGCUUUAGCUGUUUACCUGCAGCAGCACAGCGGGGGCCAGGAACAGAUCUGGACUCAGGGGGAGAAGUCCAGAGGAGUCUGGAUCGCAGCAGACGUCAGCUUCCAGACGUCACAGGCGGCCAAGGUGGCCUUCGUCAGCACCUGCAGGAGCUUCUGGGACUGCGGCUCAGUGGCUCUGGACGACAUCAGCGUGAGCCUGGGAGACUGCGAGCUGACGGCAGGUUCGUCGUCGCUGCCCCCUCCGGGACACUGCGACUUCGAGGCGGGACUGUGUGGUUAUUCCCAGGAGAGGGAGAGAGAUGCUGCCGACUGGCAGAGGAGGAGAGGACCCACCCCCACCUCCUACACCGGGCCCAGAGCAGACCACAGCAGCGGCUUGGGAUACUACCUGCACAUGGAGGCGUCGCCCAUGCUGCCCGGACAGAGCGCGCGGCUGCUGUCACGACCGGUGCGGGGGGGCCGGGCCCCUCAGUGCCUGCAGUUCUUCUACCACAUGUACGGCUCGGGCACCGGCGUGCUCAGAGUCCUCCUCAACGAAGAAGGCCAGGAGACGUUGCUAUGGCAACAGAGCAGAGAGCAGAGCAUCGCCUGGCUGAGGGGCCAAGUGCAGUACCAGUGGGACAGACCCCACCAGAUUAUAUUUGAAGCCACUCGGGGGUCGUCUGUGAGGAGCGACAUUGCUAUUGAUGACAUCAUCCUGCAGGGGGGGCCAUGUCCAGGCCUGAAGGUGAAGGCCAGCACGGUGAGCUCCAAUGAGAUCCAGUAGGAGGAGGACGCGUGCACCCCCCCCACGGCUGGACAGAACAACUCGGUGUUGUUGCCUCCUCUGCAGCAGCUCUCCUCACACUCGUUUGCAUUAGACUAAUGCUCAGUAAUGCAAUAAAUUUUUCUACACGACUCUGUUUCUGAAGCAGCUGGCAUGGACUCUCAGCUGGAGAAAAGGACUGAACUCCAUCAGUGGAAACAGCAGUCAUCCUCUCCAUUCACACAUACACACCACGAAACAGAUAACUGAAGGAUCAUUGGUUCAUGAGACACGUUUGACCUUUUUCUGCUUCCGCUGCUUCUGUACGAUCUACCCGGUAACAACCUUCACUGUUUUUAAACAGCAAAAGAGGAAGACUCCUUCCUUCUCUCAUAACUUCUACAUUUUCUUUAAUAAAAAAACAAAUAAAUACAUCAAAAAUGCUGAAUUCUGGCUUUUUUUUUUUUAAAACUGGAUUACAUUUUUUAGACGUGAUUUAAAAGUUCCUCUGAGGAAAACUCCUACUGAGC